GAGGGAGUUAGGCGGAAGGAUCCGGCUCUACGUGCGUUACGGCUCGGGAGGGAGAGAGUUCUUCUUUUGCCAUCACUUUCUCUUUAUUUAUUUAUUUGACCCCUUUUACCCUAACGGGGGCAGAUAAUUCUCCGUGUCGCUUUUUUGGUGUUCGUUUACCCCAUUCCCGGCUUAUUGCCUAAAUUUUCACCUGAUUUAGCCCUUCUUUUCCUGGAAGGGGAGAGGGCUUGUAGUGAAGGAAGGGGGGUACUCCCCCGUGUUAUUUACCCCCAGCCUGUGGGGCUGGGGGGAGGCUGUGAGGGAAGAUGUGGCGGUGACAGCCUCUCACCCCUACCCCAACUGAAGAAAAGGAAGAACAGAGAGAAGAGAAGGAAGAGAAAGGGGCAGCGUGGCCCCUAGGAGCCCCCAGUGCAGCAGGUGUGAGAUCUUUAAGAAGGAAAACUUCUUUGAAGUUGCGUGGAAAAGCUGCAAGAUUUGGGAUUGGAAGAGUUAAGGAACCAGAAAAGGAGGAUGGAUCUACAGACUCUACAGGAGGCCCUAAAAGUGGAAAUUCAAGUUCACCAGAAACUUGUCGCUCAAAUGAAGCAAGACCCACAGAAUGCAGACCUGAAGAAACAGCUACAUGAACUGCAAGCCAAAAUCACAUCUUUAAGCGAAAAACAGAAACUCGUAGUGGAGCAGCUUCGGAAAAAUCUGAUGGUUAAGCAGGAACUCCCGGACAAUAAACUUCUUAUCCAGCCUUUGCUUCAGCUAGAAAGCAAAUCGCCAACACCACAAGUGCAGCAGCAGCCGCAGCAAAUACAGCUGCAGCAUGUGUCCCCGGCAUCCGCAACACCUCUUCCAGGCCUGAGCGGGUCACAGACUGUGGCCACAGCAUCUAUGAUCACAGCAAAGACUCUACCUCUUGUGUUGAAAGCUGCAGCAGCAUCCAUGCCUCCCUCUGUCAUCGGGCAAAGACCAACCAUUACCAUGGUGACCGCCAUCAACAGCCAGAAACCAGUCAUUGGCACCGAAACCCAGAAUGCCGCAGUAAACCUGCAGACCACCAACAAAGUCACCGGUCAGGCAGGGGAAACCUUUCAAAUUGUGGCAAAAAAUGCUGUUACUCUGCAGGUUCAGGCGACCGCUUCUCAGCCUAUCAAAGUUCCACAGUUCAUCCCUCCUCCUCGUCUUACUCCACGGCCAACCUUUCUUCCACAAGUGCGUCCAAAACCAGCAGCACAAAAUAACAUUCCCAUUGCUCCUGCUCCUCCGCCUAUGCUAGCGGCACCGCAGCUCAUUCAGCGGCCAGUCAUGCUAACAACUAAACUAACACCGAACUCUCAGAAUUCCAUCCAUCCUGUGCGCAUUGUAAACGGGCAGCCCGCGGCAAUCUCCAAAGCCUUCCCUACGGCACAGCUCACCAGUAUUGUGAUUGCCGCACCGGGGACCAGGCUUGCUGCCCCUCAGACUCUUCAGAUUCCCAAACCAAACCCGGAGAAGCAGACAGUUAAAACUCAGGUGGAAACAUCAGAGAAGCCAACUGAAAGCAAUGUGACAGUGCCACCUGUCCCCAAGCCAAAAAAGGAGGAAAAUCCACAGAAACUUGCCUUCAUGGUUUCACUAGGACUGGUCACUCAUGAUCAUCUAGAAGAAAUACAAAGUAAACGUCAAGAGCGUAAACGACGAACAACAGCCAACCCGGUGUACAGUGGUGCAGUUUUUGAACCUGAGCGUAAGAAAACCGCUGUGACAUACCUGAACAGCACACCGCAUCCCGGAACUCGAAAGCGAGGUCGUCCUCCUAAAUACAACACGGUGCUGGGUUUGGGUUCUCUGCCACCCAUCUCCCCUCCAUCCAGUCAUCCUGACUCCCCUGAAAGUGAAAAGGCACAGAUCUCAUGUAAUUUCCCUGCAAGUGUCCUGCCUAAUCCAUUUUCCACGGAUGCUGAUAUCCAUGAGGAUUUUUGCAGCGUCUGCAGAAAGAGCGGACAGUUACUGAUGUGCGACACAUGUUCACGUGUUUACCACCUGGACUGUUUGGAGCCUCCUCUGAAAUCCAUUCCCAAGGGCAUGUGGAUAUGCCCCAAAUGUCAAGACCAGAUGAUGAAGAAGGAAGAUGCAAUACCGUGGCCUGGAACAUUAGCCAUUGUUCACUCAUACAUUGCGUACAAAGCAGCUAAAGAGGAGGAAAAGCAAAAACUACUCAAGUGGAGCACAGACCUAAAACAGGAGCGAGAGCAACUGGAGCAGAAAGUGGAGCAGUUAAACAGUUCCAUCAAGAAAUGCAAGGAGAGGAGGAGCAGCAUAUUGUCUCGGCAGAAGGACAUGUUCUGCUCUCUGGACAAAGUGAGGAAACUUGUCCGGCUCGUUAAGGACAUUGAACUCACCAAAUCCAACAACUCAGAGGUGACUUCUAACCACAGCAUGGACUGGGAAGCUACUGCCAACAACCCCUCGCCUGUUCCCAACACAACUCUUUCUUCACCCAGUCCUGUCCAGAACUGCGCCCAGGCAGAAGAGACUAUGUAAGAGGCCGCGCAGGACCAAGCAAGCGUUUCCUGGGAGAGACUGGAAUAUAUGACCUUCCCGGGACAGAGACUUAGCACUGGAAUUUUGCCAAUAAACCUUUUAUUCUGUGUUCCACGUGUGAGCUGGGUUGUUGUGCCAGCACCAUGCCAAGUGAGAAAUAGAAACAAAUAUUUAACUUUUGCUCUCUUUCUAUCUUA